UUUUUACUGCCUGCUUUUAAUAAUCUUUAAAUACCCCACAAAAUCCUAUACCAGUCGCUCUCUCAUGCAUUAUUCAUGAUUGUUUCAGCUUGGCCUAUAGAACAAUAAUUAAUCUUGUGUUCUAAUUGAAAUAACAGAUAUUCAGAUUUCUUGUUUGGUUUCUCUUUUUUUGUCAAUCUCAACAUAGAGCCAUGGCUAGUUUUUAUAAGAAAUCUAAGGUUCUGUUCCUUUUGGUGGUUAUUAGUUUUUUGAUUUCUUGUUCUAAUGCAACUGGACUUAAGAAAUUUGAACACCCAACUAAAGGUAAUGGCAAUCUUCGAUUCUUGGUUAUUGGUGACUGGGGACGUAAAGGCGAUUAUAAUCAAUCUGCUGUUGCUCUCCAGAUGGGAAGAAUAGGAGAGGAACUAGACAUAGAUUUUGUAGUUUCAACAGGUGACAAUUUUUAUGAUAAUGGAUUAACAGGGGAAGAUGAUCCAAAUUUUCUAGAAUCUUUUACCAAUGUUUACACAGCAAAGAGCUUGCAAAAGCAAUGGUAUUCAGUAUUAGGUAACCAUGAUUACAGGGGAGAUGCAGUAGCACAACUUAGUCCUUACCUUAGGAAAAUUGACAGUAGAUGGAUUUGUUUGAGAUCUUUCUUGAUCAAUGCAGAAAUUGCUGAAAUAUUCUUGGUGGAUACAACUCCAUUCGUGAAAGAGUAUUUUGUGGAAACAGAACAUACUUACGAUUGGCGUAAUGUGAUGCCUCAAAAAACAUAUACAGAAAACGUAUUAAAAGAUCUCGAGAAUGCAUUAAGUGAAUCAACAGCAAAAUGGAAAAUAGUAGUGGGACAUCAUGCCAUUAGAAGUGUAGGACAUCAUGGUGAUACUAAUGAACUUGUGGACCGUCUUCUGCCUAUCCUUAGGGCAUAUGAUGUAGAUCUAUACAUGAAUGGGCACGAUCAUUGCCUUGAACACAUCAGUGAUAGCGAAAGCCCCAUCCAAUUUUUGACGAGUGGAGCAGGAUCAAAGGCAUGGAGGGGAGAUGUGAAAUCCUUAAACAGAGAAGGAGUGAAUUUCUUCUAUGAUGGACAAGGUUUCAUGUCUGUCCAAAUAACACCAACUCACGUAGAGAUCGAGUUGUAUGAUGUUUUUGGCAAAGUUAUACAUAAAUGGAGUAGGCCUAAGCAACUGCUUCACACGGCUAUUUAGAUUUUGCAUUUUAUUUUUUUAGAAACAAGGAGGAUAGAUUACAAUAGACUAAUCGGCUUUUAUACAUGUGAAUGAAGUGAGGAUUCGUUCCUACUUGAUCGGGAUUGAAUGAUAAAAUUUUAGUAGUUGUAAAUAGUUGAAGAUAGAUGCGGAAGAAAUUGGCAUUUGAUUUUUGCAAGCCCUAAUUUUCUCCUACAAUAAUAAAAAUAGUCUAUUUGAUUUAGGGUUU